AUGCCGUUCAUCCCGUCGCACGCUUCCCGCUCCACCGGGAUCUACUGGGAAAUUCCUGGAGACCUUAGGUGGAAUUUCAUGGUGACGGGCUUGCAGGAUAUCGACAAGUGCCGGCAGCAGCUUCACGACAUCAGCGUGCCCUUGGAGGUGUUUGAAUACAUAGAUCAAGGCCGAAAUCCUCAGCUUUACACUAAAGAGUGUCUGGAGCGAGCUUUGGCUAAAAAUGAGCAAGUAAAAGGAAAAAUUGACACAAUGAAGAAAUUUAAAAGUCUGUUAAUUCAAGAACUGACAAAGGUGUUCCCGGAAGACAUGGCAAAGUACAAAGCUAUUCGAGGAGAAGAUCCUCCGCCUUAA